GAAUGCGCCAAAUCGCGCCAGAGAUCGCGCCAUAUUCGCUUUGCGGCGCCAUAUUGAAGUUUGCAAACACAUCACCUUCCAUGCGAAAUGCCUGCUCACUUUAGGGCCGUUGAGAAUGCCGUGGAAAGUGUCAAAAAAGUUAAGCAGUACAUAGACAAUGGUUUAGGUGUUACUUUAGACGUAGCUUUGGAUUUGGAAGAGGUUUCCCAGGACAGCGAACAAGUGAAAGAGCUUGAAGACACCAUGCUUCAAUACGUCGACAUGGAACGGGAAGUGGAUCAAUGGGCGAAAGCUGUGGAACUCGCAAAAGCAGCGUUUAAUCGCCAGUAUGAUGUGUCCAGGUGAGUUAGUUUAGAUUCAAAUUUGAAAGUAGUUUGUGGUGACAUUUCGGUCCCAAAACUACAUAGCUGCAUGGCUGUGUUCCUGUGUUUUUAGUAGUUUAAUUUUAUUUUUGAUUUAAUUUUGAUUUUCUUUUAUUUCCAACUCAUUAUCACACAUACCCAUAUCCAAAAACAGUAGCAAAUUAAAAAAAUAGACCAAGGAUAAUGCACAUGUCAUCAGCUUGCCCCAGGGGUAGACACCCGCGCCAACCGGGGGGAUUGUAAACUUGGUGGAGCAAAGUUGAGGAUUUCCCCCAGGGGUGGGGGAAUUUAAUGUGACAAAGUCCCAUGGGUCAAGUGAUUCUCAACGAAAACGCCCCUGAUAUCCACCUCAUUUAACUGGGAUUCACUUGCAAAAGCGGCAUUUUUAUGAUAUUUAUGAUGAAAUUUUACUCAUUCAUGUUAGGCCUUGGAGAAGUAGUAUAAUAUCUUUAUUGAACAAAAAUCACUACAAUGAAAGUACACCUGAAGACAGAUUCACCGAGGUUAGCAGAGACUGAUAGUUUCUCCACAGACUAGUUAAGAUGACCUGAACUAAUCUACCUCAUGAUGCUCAAAAAUUACAGUUAUUCAUUGUAUUUCAUUUAUAUAUUAAUUUUAAAUACCAGCGAUAUCAUUAUUCUUUUUUGAGAACAGGAACAGGAGCAGUACUUUUACAUGUGAUAUCUAGAGUAUAACCAAGUAAUGCGUGCAUUGCCAAAUUUACUAUGCUGGGCACAUUUUCUCAGUAAUUUUUCUUUGGGACGUCUUGUGUUGAAUGAUCUUCAAUCAAAUUCCCAGUCCUCAAGAGAGACAUUCCUCUCCAGGCCUCUCUCUGUAGUCAUGUACAUGUGCAGAGACAGGUAAAACCUCGUAUUCCUCCUUUCGCAGCUUGAUGUUACCCAUGAUAAUGGUUUGAGGAAAGCGAUAAAUCCCUGUUACUGCCCACUAUUUUACAAAAUUUGCAAUUCCCCCACCCUCUUCCCUUCGAACUUAAAACAAUGUCGUGAAUUUUCCCCUCCCCAGAGGCAGAGAAUCCAAUCUAUCCCCUUGUAUUCCCCGACAUAUACCCCUGGUCGGCCCAGUGGUCUACCCCUAGGGCAAGCCAAUGACAUGUGCAUAAAAUUGAACCACAAUAUCAUAUUAUUGCUAUUAAAAUCCUGAUUGAACCAUGAUAAAACUGUGAUUUCAAGUGCCACAGUUUGCUUAAGUUCAAAAGAAAUGUUUAAUGUGUCAUAUAUGUACCAUGUUUUUUCACCAACCUGAGCUUCAGAAGGUGUUAUUUUCCAAUAUACAACUGUAAUUACCUGACGACCGGCUGGAGAGUGAAGAAUGAGAAUGUGGAAUGUAGAUUUCAGGGCUCUCCAGGAAAAGCCCAUAAUGUCCCUAAUUCUUUGAAUACCUCACCUAAAAACAAUGGCAUGUAUGUCUUCAUGCUUUGCAGAAGUGGAACUCCAUCCUUCCAAAAUUUACUGAGAAAAAGGAUCCCAAAAUCCAAAAUGCGACAAAUAACUAUCAGAAAUUUCUGCAACCACAGAGCUUCAGAAGCACAAAAAAACAAAGAGCCUUUUAACAGAACUGCAAAUAGUUCCCUCAAAAUUUUACCUGUUUAAAUAUUGUUAUUGUUAUUGUUUUCAAGUGAUGACAUUCCAAACAUUGAGGAAAUCUUCCAAGAGAAGCUAGACUCUUUGAAAUCAAAAAAUAAAGAUUCAGACUUGGAUUGCCACCAGAAGGUUAAAGAAUUCAGAGAGAAAGUCUGGAGUAUUCACCAUCAAGGACAACCUAUGCCGAAUGCCAACACACAGCCAAUUGGAGAUGAAGACAUUGUGAUGUCACAGGUGAGGAAGAGAAAAACAAAUAGUGGGCAUAGUCAUGUUGUAGUUAGUUGAUUGGAUUUCUGGGUCCUAGGGCCCUUCUCUUGAAAGUCCCAGUAACUUUUCGGGCCUGAAAGCAAAUAUUCAAAUCAAAAUCUAAAGAAUGAAAGUGCUGUUAGAGGCUAACAAAGCACUCCUUUUUGUUUUGUACUUAGGGGUUAUGUUUUGAAGUACAUUGUAGUCCUUUCAUUCAAGUUAGUAUUAAUGGUUUCAGUCCCAUGCUACACAUAGGGUGCAUGUAUUUCACUCAACUUCCAAUACACUGUUUUUGGGAGAUGUAAACAAGCUUUUUCUCUCUCCCUCUGGACUUGGUUUUGAGUCAAAGUAAGCGGGUCAGAGUAAUCAUGAUAAAAAAUAUUGAAGGAACAUGAAUUCACUUUUCAAAGGAAUGUUUUUGCUGCUGCAGCUGUUAUUAUUGUACAUGAUUGUAUCUUAAAUCUGUGGUGAUGAGUGGUUACCCCAAUGGAUUUUUCUCUCAGAUAGUUUUAUAAGUGUAAGCAUCCUUGAGCUCUCCUCAUGAAACAUUGUCACAGCAUUCUAUUUUCUAUCUCUUUAGGCACCAGCAGAAAAGACCAAAUGCCCUCUUACCAUGAAGGAGAUGGUGAAACCCAUGAAGAGUAAAGUUUGUGGUCAUAAUUACGAUCACGAUGCUAUCGUUCAGCACAUUAACAGAGGGCGAGGUAGAGCUAAAUGUCCUGUCUGUGGACAGCCCAUCUCAAAAGGGGAUCUUGAACAUAAUACAGUACUAGAACAUUCUAUCAAACGAAAGAAUAGAAGAAAAUGAAAGUUGUUCUGCACACAGCCUGUUUAGGGAUCAUUCCCUUCUAUGUAUUCAAGGCGCUCACCAGCAGAUGUUUGCUCAAACACUAUUCUUUCCAUUGGCUUAGAAGAGGGAUUUGUUACAGUUGUCUAGGUUAGGUUUUUCUAAGUGGUGUCCGUGGGUUUGAAAUUGCAAACAGUUUGUCACUAAUAAGUCUCACAUAACCCAUUUUGCAGAUGUUAUGCAAUGUUUGCAAUAAUAUUAUGAAUAAUUAUUCAUAUUUUUCAUAUACACCCAAAAACACUGUCAGCUUUAGAUCAAUUUACAUGUACUUGCUGCGUAAGAAAAUCUUCUUGUCCCGGACGACCGGAUGGGACUUUUUUCAAGCCCUGAAUUUAUCAUGUCAAAUUUAGUAAAACUGCAAACUUUGAUGAGGAUUUUUAGUAAGCUAACAGAUAAGAAGCCUGCACCUUAGUGGAUUUUUACAAGGAAAUCUAUGGUGUGACACCAUACAUUUUAUUGUAAAAAUUAGCCUGUUAAGGAGCCAUUUUCCAUUAGUUUGCGACAAAUCCUUAUGAUACAAAUGUAUUUUGCAGUUUUACUAAGUUUGUCAUGAAAAAUCAAUCACUUUGGUGGUGGUUUUUUGAAUAAAUGAAAAAGACAAAAAUCGCAAUUUUGCAUGACAUUUGCAAAGCAGUUUAUUUACGUGUUUUUAGUGGAGUUAUUAUUUCCUCUCUGUAUUAGACUCCCCUAAAAAUGCCCGGGUGUGAGGCUCAUCACCAGUGUGCCUGAUAACAAAGCUUUGGUGACUAGAGGUCAGGAGGCAACUCCUCUUGACAGCUGUCUUUUGGGCAGUGUGUGAAUUAUGGCUCAAAGAAUAGCCAAUAAAGUUUUCAGAGCUAGUUUGCAGCAGGUAACCUACCGUGUGGCACAAAUUUUUGAGGGUUCUAAUUAUUUUUGCGGUUUUUCCAGCGAUCGGAAAUAAUAAGCUCCCGCAAAAAUUUGCUCAAGAUUAAAAUAAUUUUCUCUUACUUAAAUGUUCUACACACUCACUGCCAGUUGAUCACCAGAACAAUCAUUCACAGUCUGCAGGUGUUAUUGUAAUCGAAU